AUGACUUCCUCUUCCAAAUCUGCUGCUCCGGUGUGCUCCAACUCCACCAUCGUCACCAAGAUGCCAGGUGUACGAUGCCCCAAUUGCCAAGCGCAGGGGAAAGAAGUUUGGGUUAUCCCAGGAAAGAACUGUCACAUCUGCCACACACCAUGUGCAUGA